CACCAGCGCGCUUCAGGCCCCAAUUUCAAAAUCCCCACCUCGCCGUCUCCAAAACCGUCGCCUACCUAUAUCCCCUCCGCUGCCCAGCGCCACCUCCGGAAUCCCUAACCCUCCGAGGAGGGGCCAGCCCGCUUCUCGGCGUUAGCCAUGACGGAGAACCCUGGCGCUGAGGCUGCGUCGGCGCAGGUCGGGAGGCGCGUCGCCCUCGGGUGUCUCAACAACGUCGCCGCCGGCGGCGGCAGGCUCGGUGCCCCCGAUGCGGAGAAGGAAGUGGAUGAAGCUAGAAAGUUAAAAUCUUGCUCCACAAAUGUCGAGUGGCUAAAAGAAAAGCUAUUGAAGGAGCAGGGCCACAGGGAAAGAGGAGAGGUCGAACUACCAGAGCUGAAGGAAAUUGAGGCUAUGGGCCUGACCCAAUCCACUUCCUUUUGGCUUCAAUUUGGAUCAUGCAAAGUGCUGCUCAGCAACAAACUUGAUGUGUCUCCUUAUAGCGACUUACCCCAAAAGCAAGCAUUAACAAAUUUGAAUGAAGUUGGUGAAGCUACCCUUACCAAGGAUAGUGCUGAAAGUUCUACUGGGGAGGUCAACUGGCUUGAACAUCCGCUUGCUGCACUUAGUGAAGAAAGAGAUAAACCAAUGAAGGACCAACCUAUUGUAACUAAACAGGAAACAAGAAAUGCUGAUGAUACAUCGUUGAAGGAUAUGUUGUCAGGUGUACAUGGAAUGGGCAAAACAAUUACAGCACUGGAGAGAAUUAUAGACGAAUUGAUUAGUCGUCAGCACGAUGAACACAAUAUUUUCAAUGAAAUAUUGAGCAUUGAAAGAGGAAAAGUGCAAUCUUUAGAGCGAGAGAGAGAUCAGCUACAUUCACAGGUGGCCCUACUGCAGUCAAAGUUAGGUGGAGAUUGCUCUGCUUUAAACACAAAAAUACCAGGUAUAGUAAAUACUCUUGCAGUGGACAGUGAAGCAAAGCCCAAUCUAAACAAAACAGAAAAUUGGCUGAAGACAGUUGAAGAAUUGAAGGGACAGGCUAGUAGACCAAAGAAACAGCCUGUUGUCAUUGAAAUAUGUGAUGAUGAUGAUGCAUGCAUUUGGUGUGAUGAUGAUGAGAAGCCUUCUCCGAAAUCAAAUGCCUUGGGCAGUGGCGAACCAGGGAGUGAACCGAGCCAACUUACGGGGUUGCAUGAAUGGUUUUUCUGUGGUAAUAAACUAAUGCUCUCUUCUGGAAUGAAGAAAUACCUGAGAGAGCUCUGUGGUUGUGUACCGCCAGAGAUCCCAUUCUAUAUAUAUCAAAUGAAUAAAUCGAGCUUGAAGAGUAGGGGCAAGAUGCGGCUCUCUGCAAAGUACAUCUCUAAGCCCUUGCUUUCUUGCCUGCACAAAGGGGUGGGCUACGCUCAUUUUGAACUCGAUGGGGAAUAUCGUGGUACUGUUACAGUGAAACUUAACCCAGAUGGCCGUGCGAGUCUCACAUCAGGCUGGGAAAAUGUGGUUGCAGAUAAGGAUAUUAAAGUUGGUGACAUAUGCGCCUUCCACUUUAAGAUUUCUGAUGGUGCUCUUAAGCUGUCUGUCUAUGUGUUCCAUCCAGUACGCCACAUGGCGUUGGUGAGAUAACUGUAAGUCAAGUAUCCUUGGCCGUGUAAUAUAGGUAACGUUGGUAGGACUGUUGUAAACUAUGCCCAUGGAAUGGAGAGGGCAUGUAAUGUUGGUAGGACCGUAUGACAAAAGCCGCGCAAGCCACGUGUUUUGGCCGUGUAGUGUAUGUAACAUUGCUAGGACUGUAUGACGCAAAAGCUGUUCUUCUGCGGUUCAAUGUUAUGUAUUACUGCAUGUAACACAUUUCUUUUUACCUCUUCAUGGAUAAUCCUCUCUCUCU